AUGUUGAGGUAACUCUUUGUGAUUGGGCGUUGUAUUUGUAAAAAUACUUCCAAAAUAAAAUUAAAACAUAACUGAAGAACGUGCGAGGUCGUUCUUUGAAGUUUUUUUUGAUAUUCAAAAAAAUUGGAAAAGUCGACAGGUUCCUUUCCCUGUUGAUUUGGAGAAAUUUUUUGGGGGACUAAGCUGAUUUUUUAAAAUUUUUUUGAAAUUUCAAAUUUAAUCUUGCGAUUUUUCCUUUUGUAAAGGAAUUUUGUUGUCAUUUCUUGUUUUGUAAAGGAAGUUUUUGUGAUUUUUGAAAAGAAGUUAUUUUCGGCGGAAAAAUGCAAAAAUUGUUGAUUUGGAAAACUUUUGUUGAUCCUCAUAGGAGACCAAUGUGGUUUUUGAAAAAUUCUCGAAAAACUUUCUGCAAAAAUCUUUAAAAUUUCGAAAAAUUCAAAGGCCAAACCCCAUCUUCUUCUUGCUGUUUUUUGGUCGCUGUUUACGUUUGUUUAUUUGUUUCGAAAGAGAAUUGUGUGGAAACAUAACUGAAGAACGUGCGAGGUCGUUUCCAAAGCUAUAAAGGGGCACAGAACGUUGAGAUUUUACUCAUUUUUACUAAUACGGAGACUUGUAUUUUGGCAGAAAGGUUUUGUAUAUUAAUUUUGUUGUUUAAAAUUUAGUUUUUUUAGUUUAAGAGCUUUUUCUUACGGUUUUUGGUGUUUUAUUGCUUAAAGUUUUAAAUUUUUAUAGCUUUUUAAGUAAGAUUUUGUGUUUGCUUCUGUUUCUGUAUCAUGUGUUAAGUUUUGGCAAGUUAAAUGCCUAGAAUCUUGAUUUCUUGGACUUUUGUUACCUAAAAUUCUAAGUUCUGCCGUUUUACAUUUAUUUCAGCGUUUUUCCCAGUUCACAGUUAAACGAUACCAAAACCAGCUUGCUUUUCUCAUUACUAACGUGUGCGAACAAAUAGUUUAUUAUUCACUAUAAUAUUUUCUUGUUAUUAGUUGCUCCCGAGCGUUGCGUGUAAUGUUUAUUUGGAUUUGAAUUAAUCCACCUGUUCUCGAUAACAUACUACACACACUAAAAGUCUUCUGCCGAAGAUGUAUUGGGGUUUUUACUAUGAGAUGUCACGACUUUUUAUAGAGUUGCAUAACUUUGUUUUUGAGUUAAAAUUUUAAGGAUUCUCGUCAAGCAUUUUAUUAUAUCUAAAGAUUUUCGACAAAUUUUAAAGGAAAAUGGCAUUUCAAAGCAAAAACGUUAAUAUACUUUUUGAUUUUAGCAUUAAACAAGUUAGAUAUUGCAGUGCUCUGUUAAUAUUGGCAUUUUCAGAUUGAGGACAAACAACUUUUUAAUAAAUUCAUUGAGAAGAAUGGCCAGCACUAUCUACCAAUUCAAAGCCAAGGACUCUGAUGGAGCCGAAGUUUCAUUGGACAAGUACAAGUAAGUUUUUAAAUUUUGGAGGUUAUGUUUUUAGGAUAUUGAAUAAAAUGGAGUGGGAACAUAAUUUUAGUUUAAGUUUUUAAUCUGCGGCUGUUUUUUUUUUUGUAUUUUUAGACAAUGAGGUCUUAUAAUUGCGGAUUUUUUGCAGGUCAAAAACGACAAUACUUUUUUAGCGCUUAAACAAGUGAAUGUAUAGCAUGUUUUUGAUUGUAUCUUGGCUCUCACAUGUUUUGUCAAAUUUCAAAGCAUGUUUUUUUAUAAAAGAAUAGAAAAGGUAUUGCAAAGAUUGAAAAAAACUACUGCAAUGUAAGCUUUUAUCAUUUCAGGGGCAAAGUGGUGAUCAUAGUGAACACUGCCAGUCAAUGCGGAUUUACCGACACUAACUACACCCAAUUGAACCAGAUCUUGGAGAAGUACAAGAAACAAGGAUUGGAAAUUGCCGCUUUCCCUUGCAAUCAGUUCAACGGACAAGUAAGUGUUUAUCUUUUGGGUUUUAUGUUUCAAAUCUAGAUAAAAAUGGGAAUUUUGAAGUUGAGGUAGUAGUGAUAAGGAUUCUUAUAUACAGGUGGAGAAACGAGCCUUGUACAAAGUUUAGGUCGAGCCGGGCUUGGAAAUCAGGCCCACCGUUUGAAUGUAAAAAUUCGGGGCGGGCCUCAAAAGUCGGCUCGACUCUUUUCUUACCUCUACUUCUAUUAUAUAUGUAUAAAGUAGCGAACUUAAAUUGGAUUUUCAAAUUCGUUUUGAAAAACAACUUUUUAGAGGUAUUAUUACCUAAAAAUGAAGUUUUUAUUUUGGGAUAGUAAUGUUUAAUAACAAUGUCAUGGUAUGUUGUGCUUUAGUUUUUCGCGGGUGUAAAUAAAUUUUUAUGGUGAGGCGUUAUAGUUUAAAAACUUAGAAACUACAUGUUACUCGUGGGAAAAAAGUAUUGCUUUAGGUAUUAAAAAUAAAUUUGUAAUUUAAUAAGUAACCUUUACUAAAAGUUUGGCACGAAUAGUAAAAAAACAGAGUCUCAAAAAAUAUUUUUGAUUCUUUAAAAUGAACGGCGGGGGGGGUAGAUCAAGUUAAAAUUUUUUAAAAAAUUUUUUGUUUAGCUUAUAAAAAUAACGUGAAAUACGUGUUUUCUAAACAUUUUAUUUUUUAGGAACCCGGCUGUGACGCGGACAUCAAAGCCUUCGUCCACGAAAAGUACAAGUUCGACCCCGACCUCUACUCCAAAGUCGAAGUGAAUGGUGACAAUGCCCAUCCACUGUGGAAGUUCUUGAAGAAGGAACAAGGUGGUACCCUUUUCGACGCUAUCAAGUGGAACUUUACCAAGUUCCUGGUGAACAAGAAGGGCGAAGUCAUCAACCGGUAUGGCCCAAAAACCGAGCCCAACUCCAUGAUCAAGGACAUUGAAAAGGCGUUGGCUGAGGACGCCUAA